AUGAUGCAGGCAGCUUACAUGCGACUCAUUGUGCUAUCAGCACUGUUCUGUCUCCCCGCUCAUUCACUGACUAAUCUUCCAAACAAUAUCCCCCUGGAUGGUCUCAAAUCGUGUGGUCUGCUUACGGCUGAUAUUCUAUCCGAAUGUGUUAUCAAACCUCUGCAAAAACAAAAGUGUGAUACCGGAAACACAGUGGCCAAAUAUGCGAAUACACUCGGCAAAUUGGCCAACAAAGAUCUCACAGCCCUAACGAAUUUGUGCGACGCGUGUGCCGGAUGCAAACAGUCGAAGAAGACGUGCAUUUUGAGCAAACUUUCUUUAAGCUCUUUGCAAAACUGCCCACAAAUUGGUGGCGUUGUGCAGAAAGGAACGAGUCUGUUGGGUAAACUUUUCAAAAAAUAA